AUGGAUCCCUACUCGACACUCUCGUACCUUGCCCUCAUCGUGUAUGCCCUCUACAAGCGUUUCACCAGCAGCUCUCUUUCUCGAAUGCGCGGGCCUAAGCCCACAUCGUUCCUUUUCGGGAACCUUCCCGAGUUGUACCAGAGUCAGGCUGGUGAUGCUGAGUUCCGCUGGCAAAGCCUCUACGGCGAUGUCAUCCGUGUGAAAGGCAUCCUUGGUGAGGUCCAACUAUUGAUUGCUGAUCCGAAAGCCUUGUCGCGAAUAUUUUCCACCGGCUCCAAUCAUUUCCUAAAGGCACCCGAACGUCGGAUUCGGUCGUUUAUGCUGAACGGAAAAAGCGUUCUCUGGGCAGAGGGCGACAUCCACAAACGACACAGGAAGGUCUUGAAUCCUGGCUUUGGGCCAGCUGAGUCACGGGAAUUCUUGGCCGUAGCGCAGGCAUCUGUGCAGGCUCUCGUCGCGCGAUGGACAGAGCUUGUAGAGGCUGAUAAUAGUGGCAAGGUUGUACUGGACAUCGCCAGCUGGAUGUCCCGAGCUACUUUGGAUGCAAUAGCAGAGGGUGCCUUCGACGUCCGGCUGGGUAGCCUCGAGGAUUCGGAGAGUCCACUAGCGAAAAGCUACAAGGGGAUGAUGAUGAGCAUUUUUGGUACCCCUUCUGUGCUACAAAUCUUCAUCCAGGAAGCUCUUAAGUACAUCCCGAUGUCAAUCUUCAAAUAUUGGGCCAAAAACUCCUCAAACCCUCGUGCUGCACGUGUCCGUGAAGUGAACAAAGUCGCCAUUUCUGCCGCAAAAAGUAUGGUCACAGAGAAGGCAGAGUCUCUUUUGCAAGGGAAGGGGAGCAGGGAUAUUUUCACGCUGCUGGUCAAGGCAAACAUGGACGCCGAGGCGAAGAACAGGCUAAGUGAUGAAGAGCUAUACUCGCAGAUGCGCGUGAUCCUCUUUGCGGGUCAUGAAACGACGUCGAAUACCAUCGGUUGGACCCUGCUGGAAUUGGCACGGAAGCCGGAGAUGCAGUCGAGACUCAGAUCGGAGAUAAGGCAACACGAGUCCGUCAUCCACGCUCGCGGCGACACACAGUUCACUGCAUCUGAUUUGGAUGAUAUGCCAUAUCUGAAUGCUAUGGAAACUUUGCGGUACCAUUGUGUAGCUCCUCAAGCGUUUCGCAUGGCUGCCCAGGACUACGUUCUGCCCCUUUCUCGACCUAUCAGGACGGAGUCGGGGCAGUUAAUGCAUGAGGUACUGGUCCCUAAAGGGACUCGCGUUAUAGCAUCUAUCGCUGCAUACAACCGCAACAAGGAUAUGUGGGGUGAGGAUGCUGACGUGUUUAACCCGGAUCGUUGGCUAGAUGGCAUUGCGAAAGACAAAAAAGAGGCUGCUGCUGGUGUAUACUCUAGCCUACUAACUUUCGGUGGCGGACCCCGUGCAUGCCUAGGUUGGCGAUUUGCCGUCAUCGAGAUCCAGGCGUUCUUGGCAGAGAUUGUUGGCCAAUUCGAGGUAUCCCUUACCGAGAAAGCGAGGCGUAUUCGACGUGAGUCGUGUGCGGUGAUGGUGCCUACUGUGGAGGGCGAGGUCACCUGUGGAGUUCAACUACCGCUUGCUAUAUCUGUCGCUCCUCGAAAAGAGGAUGCGUGAUGACCGAGGUGGUGGCACGUCGUUAGCUACACCGCAGAUUAAUGGGAGUUUCGUGGAUUCGCGAUCCCUGACAAAUUCUGCCAUAUCUCACUUCUCUCCUUUUUCUUUCAUUUUCGUGCUCCCGUCUGGUCGCGUUGUAAGAUAUUUUGUUGAACGCUGAAUGGGUAUAUGUAGGGGGUGGCCUGUGCUAAUUUGAAAUGAGAUAUAGUUUUGCUGCACGCGAU